UCACAUUCACAUAUACAACACCUAAACACGUUGGGCUUUCAUUUCAUAUAACGCACCUCCUAAAAGUCCUCUCUCAAAAUUCUCUCAUUUUCAUAUUUUUGUAAUACAUACAUACAAACCGCAAGAGAAUGUGUCCCACCGGGACCACCGCUCACCACCCCGACACCCCCACCGGUUCAGAUUUCCGGUCAGCAUUCGACGUUCUCGACGCCGACCGAGACGGCAAGAUAAGCCCCUCCGAUCUUAAAACGUUCUACAAGAGGUUUUCCGGCGGCGGAGCUGAGGAGGAUGAUGUCAUCGGGUCGAUGAUGUCGGCCGCGGACUCCAAUAAGGAUGGGUUCGUGGAGUACGAUGAAUUCGAGACGGUGUUGAAUGAGAGGAACAGCGGCGGCGGAAGUGGGCGGGGGGUGAUGGAGGAGGCGUUUAGGGUUAUGGACAGAGAUGGGGACGGCUUGGUUGGGGAGGAGGAUCUCAGGGGGUACUUCCAUUUUGCUGGUUUUGAUGCAAGUGAUGAGGAGAUCAAGGCCAUGAUCAGAUUGGGCGGUGGUGAUGAAAACCGGGGGGUUUCAUAUGAUGCUUUUCUCAAAAUUUUAGCCGUUUCAUGAUUCAUUAUGAGACAACGAGGACGAUGAUAAUGACGACGACAAUUAUUUCUUGGGUUCUGCCUUUUGUUUUGUUUUUAAUCUUUUGCUUUUCUUUGUAGUUGGUUGUUAUACGUGAUGGAUUAUUUAAUAAAAAUUUUGAUGUGAUGAGUUCAGAAAUCA